GUAUGUACAGAGUGGGGUAUAUCGCCGUGUUACUGACUUCGAUGUUUAUGUUUAAACUGAUGAGGAAAUCGCUUUAAUAAGAUAGCAAUACUUAUCACCAUGUUGGACGUCAUCUUUAUAGUGUACAUUCUUGGAAUGUUAGCAGGCGGAGAGGCAGCUGAGGUGUGCACGGCACAACUUUAUUCUAGUGUUUGGUACAGGUACUACAUCUAUUGUCAACACGGCUGCUGUGGAUCUUACUACGAUAGAGAGUGUUGCGCUUCAUACACUGGUUUGAUCAUUGGAGCUGUCAUUGGUGUUAUUUGCUUCAUUGGAUCCAUCGUAUUAUUUGUAUGUCUCUGUUAUCACUGCAAUAAGAAAAAAAGUGGAGUGGUAGUUGCACCAUAUCAAAACCAACCUGGCGGAAACGUCGCAGUCGUAAAUUCUUACGGUGGUCAACAGGCAACCUACCCUUAUCAACAGCAGGGUUUCUAUCAACAGCCGAACCCACAUGCACCAGUCGGUGCCAACCAAGUGCCAAUGACGGCUUACCCUUCACCCGUGACGUAUGGCAAUACAAACGUCCCGCCACCGUCGUACCCGGCCCCGGAAGCAGGACAGUCUAAUCCGUCAACGGUGGAUCAAACACAACCAGAAAAACACUAGACAAGGAAUCUGCAUUUUACUUACAGGAAACCCUUUUCAAGGUUUUCGCAACGAUUAUUGAUUGCUUUUUCUAAAGUAUAUGUGGAUUUUUCAUUAAGACUUUUUUAAGUUAACAGUGUUUAUAUUUUUUUAAUGUUAAAUUGGAAGCGUUUAUCAAUAUCAAAAAAGAUUUCUUAUAAUGAUUUAUAAUAAGAACAAUUAAGAGUUUUUGAUCUGAAACAGUAAAAUAUGUCGAGUCACGACUGCAACAACACUAUUAAUGUCAUUAAAGUGAGCCCAUGUGGUCCUUUUUUCAUUAACGUUUCCUGCCGGUGUAAUACUUUGCUAAUAAUAAUAUAUAAAAGAACAUACUUAUUACUUAUUGGAUACAUCUGAGACUGGGCUGAUUGGACAUACCGUUUCUGGUAGAUUACAUUACGUGAAUGUAGAAUUGCGUUUAAAGUUUAAAGGGAACCCAUGCCAUUAAAUAUAUUUUUUCAGGUUUUAAAAGUUUUUUUUACUGACUCGAAGAGGUAAUUGAUAUUUGAUAUAUAAACAUAAGCUAACAUUCCAUAUAUAUAGUAUAUGCUAAGUUAUUUGACAUUUAUAUAUAAUAUAACCUGUACCUAAACAUUUAAUUUGAUGUUUUUGAUAUCUAGUAUGACAAAUUACUAAAUAUUCGACUUGGUAUUUCAGUCUCAUGAAGUGUAUAUAUAUGUGAUAUAUAUAUUUAGACAUUUUGAUUGACAUGUACUGUAUUUUCAUAUGCGAUCUCUAAAUCCACACUGGUCCUAUUUCGGACUGCUAUGUCUCCCUUCAACGACCCUAUCUAUUCUGCCACGGCAAAACUUUAAAUGUCAGGAGAUCAGAAAGUUUUAUUACUUUUAAAUGUUUUAAGUGUAUAAAAAAAACCCAAAAGAAUUCUGAUAGUCAGAUAUUUAUCUUCUGCUUAUUUGAUUUGAAUAAAUUAAAUCUAGACUAUUCAAAUCAAAUUGAUGAUCGCAUAUGAAUGAGUUAAUCUGUGAUUUAUCUGUUGCUAACAAUAACUUUCGGUGUUUUUAUUUUUGUAUUUCUUAUGAGAACACAUUUUCCAUGCGAUAAGACAAUUUUAUAUUUAUAUUAUCUAUGACAAAAGAAUGUUUUUUUUGUACAAAAAGUGUUAUGCUUGUUUUGUUUUGUUUUUCGUUAAUAAACUCAUGUGUAUGUUGGAACAAAACCUAGCAAGGAGAUAUUGAAUACCAAUUCCCCAGAGGAGUGAUUCAUUUAGACACAUAGAGGUUCUCUAACGAGUGGAGGUCGUUUGUCAUUUUUAGCCAACUCCAGUUAAUCAAUCUUCCAAUUUGAAAAGGCACGAGCUUUAGCGAGUGUCUUUUCAAAAUUAGACAAUUAAUUAAAAAUAGUUAGAUAAAAUUUUAAACAAUC